AUGCUGUCCCUCCUGAGAGCCCUCGUGGCUGUGUGCUUACCUACCCUUGCUCUGGCAGAGGUUUUCAGCCUCUCGGACCUUCAGUGGACGUUGAGAAAUGGAAAUGGCUCGAUAGUGAUCCCUGCCAAAGUUCCGUCUCAGGCGCACCUGGACCUUCUGGACGCCGGCAUCAUAACAGAACCUUUACUUGGUAUCAAUGCGCUUGCUGUAGACUACACUCAGCGAUGGAUUGCAAAUGACAGCUGGACCUACACUGCGGAUUUAACACCAUUCACACGGGCGCUCUCACCGAAUGUUAAUAAAAGUACUCUCCUGGUGUUCUACGGAUUAGACACCAUCGCAAAUAUUACUGUAGCUGGGCAUCCCGUUGCUUGGGUUGAUAACCAGUUCCGGCAAUACGUGUACGACGUUUCGGAGUUGAUUGCUUCGCCUUCAGCUGGUGAUACCAACGUUACGGUUGCUUUCGAGUCGGCUUACUUCUACGGGAUGAAUGUGACUUCACUCCCAGAUACGGAGUAUUCACCGACAGGCGACUUCGAAUACGUAGGCAUUCGGCAAUGGAUUCGCAAGAUUCAGUCGGACUUCGGUUGGGAUUGGGGCCCAGCGUUCGUCCCAGCUGGGAUAUUCAAGCCUGCAUAUUUGGUCACCCUUUCCGACACACCCUCCUACCAAUUCAUGCCCGCUGAAUAUCCUCUCCUCGCAUCGAUGAGCGGAAGCAUCUUCUUUGACCAGUACUCGCUCGAGAUUUCUAAGGUCGGACAGACAGCACUCAUCGCGCCUAAUGAAACCGCAGACUGGCUUGUGAACGUUACCCUCGCUGUGCGCUCAGUCGUAGCUGGGGAGUCUCCCGCAAUCAGUCUCGCGAUCCCAGAACUCGGCGUAUUCGCUGAGCCAGUCAGUGUGAGCCCAAUUCCCGCGUCCACGGCUGAUUACACGCUGGUGAGCGCCACCUUCACCAUCCUUGACGAGGUUCCGGAGCGGUGGUACCCACACGAUCUCGGCACGCCGAAACUGUACGACUUCACGAUCUCUCUCGCCCUCGGUGAAGCUUCGGACGCACCCCAUGCGAGUUUUAAUGCGCGCAGCGGCUUCCGCACCAUCCAGCUUAUGCAACUCGCAUACUCGGAGGAGGAUAUCGAGACCCGCGGAAUCACACCCGGAGAUAUGUGGCACUUCGAGGUCAAUGGACACGAGUUCUUCACCAAGGGGACGAACAUUAUCCCGUUCGAUCCAUUCUACGCGCGUAUCACGACCGAGAAGGUUCGUUGGGUGCUCGAGGGCGCUGUGAGGAGUGGGCAGAACAUGUUACGUGUAUGGGGUGGAGGUAUUUAUCAGCCGUCGGACGAAAUCACUGGGGUGUACGAUUUCUACUCUCUCUGCGAUGAACUGGGCAUCCUCGCGUGGUCGGAAAUGAUCUUCUCUGACGCUACUUACCCGCUCAACUCCUUCCUCCUGGACUCAGUAGACCCCGAGGUGCGUCAGAACGUGCGUAGGGUAAACAAGCAUCCUAGCAACGUACAAUGGGCCGGUGGCAACGAGAUUGAGAACAUUGUCAUUGGCAUCAAUGAGACGUUGGCGAACGGUUCCCAUUACCUGGAUGAGUACAUAUAUUUGUUCCAAGACCUUUUAUAUAAUAUCACAUACGAGGAAGAGUCUUCGGUGCCAUACACAGAUUGCUCCACAACAAACGGUGUGCUCAGUCUGGAUCCGUAUGUGCUCAGAUUCGAGAAUAAGACUCCCGGUUACAUCUACGGAAACACAGAACGCUAUAACUAUGACGCAAGCCAGGCAUUCAAUUAUAGUACAUAUCCAGUAGCAAGAUUUGUAAACGAGUUCGGUUUCCACUCUAUGCCAUCCUUCUACAGCUGGGAAGAAGCCCUCCUAAAUGCCGAAGAUUACGCCUUCAAUUCGACAGUUGUCGUCUCCAGAGACCACCAUCCUCCUGCCAACGGUCUUACGUGGCCGAACCCGAAUGCACCACAAGGCCAGGGACAGAUGACGAUGGGAGUCGAGCUCUGGCUGCCUACACCUUACACUACCGAUACCAACCAGACGUUCGCGCAGUGGUGCUGGAGUACCCAGAUCUUCCAGUCCAUGAACAUGAUCUCAGAGAUUGCGUGGUACCGCCGUGGUGCGGGCUUGGGCGAGAACAACCUCGGUGCACUCGUCUGGCAGUUGAACGAUAUCUGGCAGGGUGUCAGCUGGGCUUCCAUCGAGUACUCCGGACGCUGGAAGGUCCUCAACUAUGGCAUGACUAGCAUCUAUUCACCGGUGGUUGUGUAUCCGUUCUGGACACCGGACAACCAGACGUUGGACAUCAUGGUCAUCAAUGACCGAUGGUACACUGUAAACGGAUCUGCUCAGCUAACCUGGUACGAUUGGUCAGGGACAGAGUUGUUGACGAUGACACACGAGUUCUCCACACCUACGCUAAACAACACAGUAUUGAUGUCGCAGGAGGGGUUCGACACCAUCCUUCCCACUGGAGCGAAUGCGGAAGAUGCGUGGAUGUUGCUCAACCUGACCGCUGAGGUUGAUGGUCGCACUGUCACCAACGAGCAAUACUAUACACCCGUUUCCCUUGCCUAUGCGAACCUGGUUGAUCCCGAGAUUGCUGUUACUACAGGGCCUGGGCUGACGUUCACGCUGUCGGCCAAGGGCGGUGUUGCCGCGUACGCUUGGAUCGACCAUCCCUCUAGCACUGUCGGUUACUUCGUGGACCCUGCCACAGAUGUUCCGUUGAAUGGCUUCUACCUCGUUCCCGGAAUUGAUCGAACAGUGCAAUUCUUGCUUAAUCCCGCGCUUUCGCUGACCACAAAUCCAGAUCCUGCGGACUUCGUUGUGAGAUCUGUCUGGAAUAACACGCACUUGUGA